UAUAAUGUUUGCCAGAGUCGCAAACGCUAAUACGGUUCAACAGGCGUCAUGCGCCUACCCAGACCCUUAAGCGACCGUUGCGGGUAAUGUUUCCCGGGUUUCCUCCCGGCUCGCCAACGACUAUCCGACCCUUGAAGAUCCGCUUUGACAACCAGACACAGUAGCAGGUAGCUAAACGACCCUGCUGCUACAGAGUCUCACGAUUACACCAUCUUCGACAAGUACCCAAACUCUGUCAAUCGAAUAAUCGAAACGAAACAUCCGUAAAAUGCGCGUAAUUGUUUUCGGUGCAUCUGGUGUCCAGGGGCGACAUCAAGUUCACGUCCUGGCUCGAGCAGGUCAUUCAGUUAUCGCUGUAAGCCGCAACCCCAAACCCGUUCUGGUGGACGAGAAGUCUGUGGAGACAUUUGCUGCAGAUUUCACCGACCGAGAUGCCAUUGCAAAAGUGCUCCAGGGCGCCGACAGAAUCUUUCUCAACCUCCCGUCUACAUCCUUCAACCAAUCAGAGCCCAUCAUUGCUGCAGCCAGAUACAUCGGGGAAGCCGCGAAGAAUGCCAAAGUUCCGUUGAUUCUAUUCAACACGAGUAUGCCAGUAGCCAAAGAACCCCAAGGCAUUGUAGCACAGGACGACCGAAGGGAAAUGAGAAGGUUGUUGCGGGAGUCAGUACCAACAAUCAGUAUCGAGCCUGUAGUCUACCUCGACAAUUUGCUCGAAGGCUGGGCCCUACCUCCCAUCCGCGACCGCAAUACUGUUGUCUACUGUCACAAGCCCGAUCUCCGCGUAUCGUGGAUCUGUCACUACGAUGUCGCCCAAAUCAUGAUGGCAGCGAUGGAUCACCCUGAGCUCGCAGGCCGCGAUAUCCCUAUCGGCGGUCCUGAGACCGUGAUGUUGUCUCAGCUGACUGAGAAGGUAUCGAAAGCGUGGAGCAAGCAGCUGAGUUAUGAGAACCAGACUGUCGCAGACUUCUGCGACAAGAUCGGUAAAGCGAUGCAGGGGCGUGGUCUUGAGACGGAUACAAUUGUGAGCCAGAUGUUCAAGGCGUAUACUUAUUACAACGAGGCGGAAGACGAGCCGUUCAACGUUGAUAUGAGACCCUUAGUAAAAGAGCUCGGUGUGAAAUUGACGCCGAUCGAGGAGUGGGCGAAGAGAAGGAGUCCAUGGAAUGACAAAGGGUACUACUAGAUGCCGGAGAGGGAGACGUUUGCGAGCUGCAACUCGAGCCUAGAACUGAUCAGUUCGCAAAACUCUGGAGGGGUAGACGGAUGCUUGCAUGCAAGCUGAUCGGCUUUGCCCAACGACUGCG